CCUUUCGCCCGCCUGGACAACCGGCCGCGGGUCGCCGACGAGGCUCGCGAGCAGCCGUCUCGGGGUCCGCAGGGAGCUCCGGGCUCGCUUUUAGAUUCUAAUGGAGAAAAUAAUUUGCCAUGGGAGGAAGCAUCUCAUGAAAGAACUGUCACCGAACUGUCCCAGAGUCAACAUGUACCAUUCUCUGAAUCAGAUCCAACUUCUUCAGAAGGUGCUGAGUUACCUGCGGACUGGAGUAUUAAAACCCGACUCCUUUUCACCUCUUCUCAACCCUUUUCCUGGGCAGAUCAUUUGAAAGCACAGGAAGAAGCCCAAGGUCUUGUCCAGCAUUGUAGGGCCACAGAGGUCACUUUACCCCAGAGUGUAGAGGAUCCCAAGCUCUCCACUGAGCUCCGCUGUGCCUUGCAGCAAACCCUUGUCUACUGGCUCCACCCUGCCUUUUCAUGGCUGCCACUUUUCCCUCGAAUUGGAGCUGAUAAGAAGAUGGCUGGAAAGUCCAGUCCAUGGUCAAACGAUGAAACUCUGCAACAAACUCUAAUGAGUGACUGGUCUGUGAGUUUUACUUCUUUGUAUAAUCUGCUGAAGACAAAGCUUUGCCCCUUUUUCUACGUCUGUACCUAUCAGUUUACUGUCCUGUUCCGGGCAGCAGGAUUAGCAGGAAGUGAUGUGGUCACAGCGCUUGUAUCUCCUACAACUAGAGGUUUAAGAGAAGCUAUGAAAAAUGAAGGUGUUGAAUUCUCUCUGCCUUUGCUAGAAGAAAGUGGCCGCAAGAAGAAAGGACGAGAAGCAAACCUGGAGUCUGAGGAGGAGCCAGCGGCCAGCGAUGACGAUGAAGAGGAAAGCUUUUCUUGGCUGGAAGAGAUAGGUGUGCAAGAUCAGAUUAAAAAGCCAGACAUGAUCUCGGUCAAGCUAAUUAGAGAAAAAAAUGAAGUACAAAUGGAUCACAGACCUGAAUCUGUCGUACUGGUGAAAGGACUCAACACUUUCACGUUGCUCAAUUUUUUGAUCAACUGCAAGAGCUUAGUUGCUACCUCAGGUGCACAGGCAGGCCUUCCUCCAACCCUUUUAUCCCCGGUAGCCUUCCGAGGUGCCUCAAUGCAAAUGCUUAAGGCACGAAGCAUUAAUGUAAAGACACAAGAUCUUUCUGGGUACAGAGACAAGUUUAGUUUGGAGAUCACCGGUCCCAUCAUGCCUCAUGCUUUGCAAUCUAUGAUCAUGCUACUCAGAUCUUCACAGAGAGGGUCAUUCUCUGCUGGGAUGUAUGCACAUGAGCCAACUGCUGCAUUCAAUGUCUGCCUACCACUGGAGAAGGAACCGCAUAGAAAAGAUGCUCCUAAGGACCUUGCUAACUGUGGGCUGCACCCCAAAACCCUACAGCAGCUCAGUCAAAUACCACUGCUGGGGAAGUCAUCCUUAAGGAAUGUGGAAAUGAAUGACUACAUUUUUAAUUGGAGAUCCUGAACACCAAAGUAAGCCUAAAGGGAAACUGAGGAAAAGCUUCCUAGCAAGGAAGGAAAUUGAUGAUUCUUAGGUCUCUGGCUCUUUAAAGUUCAUUUUGGAAGACUAUGUUUUAAAAUACUGAAAUGUUUUUAAACAUUGACUUUUUAUAUGAACUUUUAUUAUUAAAUGCAUUAGUUUUAGGUUUAAAAUCAA